AUGCCAAAUAGAGCAGCUCCAAGACAAAGAGGUAGUGAAAAGAAUAGAGGAAGAAAUAAACUAUUGGGAAGAAUCGUAACAGAAAAACAGAAAAAGAAACGAGAGAAAAAUGCAAAAGAAAGGGAAUGUCUUCCAGUGAUUGGAAGUUCUCAAGUAUCUUCAAUUCUUCAAAAUUUGGAUCCAACGGGUGUAGAAAAUGGCUCUCAGAACAUGGACUUAAUAAUUCUGCCAACAGCCGAUUUUAAACUACCUGUAGUAGAGAAUCCAUUCUCAAUUCCUAACAAUUAUAUAAUUUUAAAAGAAAAUGGAGAGACAAAACAAGACAGACUAAAACCGAGUAUUAAAUUAAGAGAUUUGAAGCCAAAAAAGAAGGACAACUAUGAAGACAUGUUAUAUUUUGUGUGCAACUUAUGUCCGUUUUUGUGUACAAAUGAUACAAAAAUUAAUGAACAUUUAGAAAACGCCCACAAAAACAAGUCUGUAGUUAAACUGCAAGAAUUAAAGUGUCCUGCGUGUCCUAAUAUAUUUUUCCACAGAAUGUCUCUAAGAUCCCACCUCAUCCAUGACCAUGGAGUAGGAAACUCAGAUAUCACUCCCAUCAUUCAGGCAGUGGUUUAUUACUCUAAUAAAAAUAAAAAGAAAGAAAAACAAAAGCUGCAUGUGAAACCUGUUGAGGAAAUGACAUUAAUAUGUGGUAAUGGUUAG